AUAGUCUAUAGAGGAGGAAGUAGUAACCGAGUAAGACAUGGAACACGCUUACUCCCGGUUGCUGGUUGUAUUUUCGGUUCUUUCACUGUGCCUCGGUAACCAGGGUGUGAGAUGUCAGCUCACCUCUGAUUUCUACGACGAAACAUGUCCUCAUUUGUACACUAUCGUGCAGCAGCAUGUGUUCACUGCCAUGAGAGCUGAGAUGAGGAUGGGCGCCUCCCUCCUCAGGCUCCAUUUCCAUGACUGCUUUGUCAAUGGAUGUGAUGGUUCAAUACUUUUGGACCGCAGCGAUGGCGAGAAGUUUGCACAACCCAACCUGAACUCAGUUAGAGGGUACGAGGUCAUUGACGCCAUAAAGGCUGAUCUCGAGAGCCUCUGCCCUGAGGUGGUGUCUUGCGCUGACAUCGUAGCCCUUGCAGCAGGCUAUGGAGUGCUCUUUAGUGGAGGGCCAUAUUGGGAUGUUCUUCUGGGAAGAAAAGACGGUCUGGUGGCCAAUCAGUCUGGAGCUGACAACGGCUUGCCUGCGCCAUUUGAACCGAUAGACUCCAUUAUUCAGAAGUUCAACGCCGUCGGCCUGAACACGACCGAUGUCGUGGUCUUAUCGGGAGCCCACACGAUCGGCCGAUCCCGGUGCGUGCUGUUCAGCAAUCGCCUGUCAAACUUCUCGGCGACGAAUUCAGUAGAUCCGACGCUGGAUGCCAGCCUCGCCGACAGCCUUCAGAGCCUCUGUGCAGGCGGCGACGGCAACCAGACCACCGCUCUCGACGUCAGCUCCGGCGACGUGUUCGACAACUACUACUACCAGAACCUCCUGGCCAAUAAGGGCCUGCUGUCCUCCGACCAGGGCCUCUUUUCAAGCCCGCAAGGCACUGCCAACACAAAGGAUCUCGUGCGGACCUACAGCCACGACGAGGAUCAAUUCUUCUGCGAUUUCGGCUGGUCCAUGAUCAAGAUGGGGAACAUCCCUCUCACGGGCUCGGAAGGGGAGAUCCGCAAGAACUGCAGGGUUGUCAACUCAUGAGGAGUGAGUGAUGCAUGCGUCUGUGGGAUCUAUUUCUUGCACUUGUUCGUGAGAAGGCACCAAAGUGUACGAUUAUGCGUGUAACGUUAAGCGGUUGCGUAGAAAGAUGGAAGAAUAAUUAAUAACACUUACAGAUUAGCCCGACA